AUGCCACAACAUCAAGGGGGACAAGUCACUACUCAGGAACCUACACCGGUACAAACUAAUCCCAGACCUUCUGCCAGCGCUAACACCAUCCGAGCUUGCACUGCCGCUCGAAGAGAGAUGCCUAAUGGGGAUAUCUCGUUGGGAAAAAGCGGAAGAAAAGGAUUUCACGGGCAGAAAGGCGAAGGGAAGUUCGGAAAAGCCUAG